AUGGCGCCUAUCCAUGACAAUCAUCGUCGCUCAGAGAGCUCAGAAGGGCUCGUGGGUGACGAGAAGACGUUCGCUUGCACUCACCCUAGUUGCGAUAAACGAUUUACUCGUGCUGAGCAUAUGCAACGCCAUGCUCUCAAUCACAUGCCCGGGGGUUUGAGUUGUGAUCUCUGCAGUGCUCACUUCAAACGGCCUGACCUAUUGAAACGGCAUAUGGACCGUCACCGCCAAAAAGAUCUUGAAGCAGGCGGACCCGGUUAUGGCACUUUAGACACAAGAAAGCGAUCCUGGAAGGCUCCAGACGGAUCUGUUGUAGAGAAACGGCCCUGCCCAAAUCUGUCUGGACGGGGCCGGGGCGCAUCAGGACGUGGGCACUCACAACCGCAACAAGUACCUUCACCGGAACCUGAGCUUAACGAGGGAGACCAUCUUCCAUCUCUAGACCGAGAGGGAGAUCAGGUUUAUUCGGGUGGUAGCGCAUCCUCUGAAACUCAAAGGCACCCUGCACUCGACUUACGACCAGGGAAUCUGAACAUCAACCAGCCGUACUCAAUCGGUCGUGGAGACGUAUUCAAUCCUUCUGAGACUAUCGAAAAUUUCUCAGGGUUUCCUCCUCCGUUACAGUUCUCUGAUUUUAUCACCUCGGCGGCCGAUCAGUUCGGCAUUGACGCCACGCAACAGGGUAGCUGGGGCGAGGCGUCUUUGUUGAGCGAGCAGCUGGAUUAUGACCAGGUGUUUCAGCCAGACACCGCCAGCUCUUUUAAUAUGCCAUACACAACCGCCUUGGACUAUAGUUGGCUGUUCAAUAUGCAAGACUCUCCAGCUCUUGCUACCAACUCAAAGCCGACAAACUCGAAUGAGGAGUUUGGUGCUCGAAGUUCAACCAACCAACCACUCACGAGAACGCAACCCAACCUAGUGAUUACCCCCGAGUCUAUGAAGAGCGCUCAGUUGUGGACGGAGCCGAUGGACACUAGUAUCAGAGAGCCCGGACGAGGAGAGAGACCAUCUGGUCCACCCAAUAACAUACAGACCGAGACACAAGCUCCUCGUCGACAGAUUGCCAGCUGCUCAAGAGAAAGAAGCUCGGAUGUCUCUGUAUCCAGAAGACUCACAGAUAACUCUUCAGCGUCUCGACAUCGAUAUACUACAAUCAGUCGACAAGCUCCAGCGGAACCAGAGCGUCCGCUCUCUUCUUUGAGGAAGCCGCUCAUAACUCCUAACAUUGACGCAGACGUCAGAGAAAGACUGCUAGAAGUGAUAAACGCGGCCAAGCCAAAUCUGCCCGACCAACGAUUUACGAUAUGGGAGCAUCCACUGUUAUCUAACGACUCACUCAAAACCUACCUGGAACUGUUCUUUACGCGCUUCAACACGGCCUAUCCGUUGAUACAUCUCGAAACAUUUGAUUGCCGGAAAACAGAGCCCCUGCUUCUGCUUUCUAUCCUGCUUCUAGGCGCAACCUACUCUAACAAAGACUGUCACCAACUGGCCGUCUGUAUUCACGAUGUUAUCCGGCCGAGCAUCUUCGCGCACGCAGGUUUCUCACCUAGGCCGGAGCUUUGGACCUUACAGACAAUCCUUUUGGUCGAGUGCUUCGGGAAAUCUCGUGCAGGGCAAAAACAGCACGACAUGAGCCACCUGUUUCACGGACUUUUGAUCAAUCUCAUCCGACGGUCUGACUGUCAGUCUGUUCGACCUUCGGGACCGCCGCCAAUAUCGGGAGAGGACAGCGCUGAGAAUCUAGAUCGAGCGUGGAGGAAAUGGGCUGAAGGGGAGCAGAAGAAGAGACUCGCCCUGCUCUGCUUUAUGUGGGACACACAACAUGCAGUUCUCUUCUGUCAGAGUCUGUGCAUGUCGGCCUUCGAGUUGCGCCUAGAAUUGCCCUGCAGUCAGAGCAUCUGGGAAGCUCGGGACGCUGCAUCAUGGGCAUCGGCGUGGCGCUCAAGUUUGAGCGACCAGAGGAUUUUCUAUCUCCCAACGCUCAAGUCAUACCUGACUCCUUCGGCGUCGCGGCCAUCUGGACUUACUGGGUUCUCACGCAUUCUGGUGCUUCACGGUCUGAUGUCAAUCUCAUGGGAUAUGGGUAGACGCGACCAGACUGCUCUUGGUGUUGUCUCCCAAGACAACUUUGGAGUGGGUUGGCGCAGGCUACUGAGCACUGCAUACGAUGCAUGGAAGAGCGACUUCGAUGCGUAUUGCACGGGAUUUGGAGUCCCCUCACGAAACACUUCCCAAACCCAUUCCCAGGGUAGCAAUAAGAAUGAGGGUGACGACGAGGCUCGACGAAUCGAGUUUGAAUCAUUCGCGGCAGCAUACAAGGCGCUGUAUCACUCCGCGCAAGCUCUUUUGAACAUGGACUUUCUUGACGUUCAAAUAUACGCUGGAGCGCGCCAUAUUCUGGGCAGGCCGGUGCAACAGAGAGACUACCACCGAUCGGCACAAGUGGUGAAACGAUGGGCUGCCAGUUUCGACGUGCAACAAAUGGAUCAACUCUCCAGCGUACGACAAGAUCGCAGAGACGCCGACGACAAUCGCAACCAGUCGAAGCAAUCCGCUACAGAUGCGGCAUGGCAUGCAGCGCGCAUGCUGCGGGAGACGCGGGGAAUCCUCAAUAACACCGAAGCGAUGAACCUCUUCCACGUGCCAUGGUGCCUGUAUCUUGCGACUCUCACCUGCUGGGCAUACCAUCACGCUCGCCCAAGUCGCAACUACAGGAGUUCAUCCCGUAGAAGCUUUGACGACUUUGAGGAUGAUGCAGAACUCGAGGAGGACGAAAUGAUCUGGGAUCCGCAAGGCGAGAUGGAGGCUUUGAUCACAAGCAUGUCUGAGCGGGCGGAUCGCAGUGAGGUAACAUUGCGGAGGGAGCGGAAGCGGACCAAUGGUUUAGUGUGGAUCAUGGCAGACAUCUUGACAACGGUUCGAUGGGGAAUCGUUCACGGUGGCGUUGUGGUACUGAGAGGCUUGGUGCCUCAACGUUUGAUCAAUCAGUACGAGGAGGUUGUAUGA